UGUGUGGCUCCUGGCGCCCCAGCGCGGCCUCCAUGCUCACCUUGGCUCUGUGACCCCGGCUACAGGCGGGUUGGGUGGGGGACGGGGACGCUGUCCGCCCGGCUACAACCCCUGCCCGUCUACACCGGCUGGUCUGCCCUGCUGACUCACACUGAGACGGUUCACUACGGGCGCACCUCAGCUUUGGCAUAUCCGGACCUGAGAAUGUUAAUAAAGGGUGGAAAAUUCCUUCCACAUCCAUCUCCUUGUUUAUGUUUCUGUUCCCGCGGCUCUCCCCGGACAGAGAUUUCCUUUGAGAAUAACGCGGGUCGCGCAGUCCUCGGCCGGGCGAGCUUCCGCGCCAGGUCUGGUGCCUCGGGCGGAGCCGGGUGUCUCUUUAAAUGGGCUCUGCAGUGUGACGGCGGCCGCCGGGCUGGAGGAGCCGUCCCCACCCUGCGGCAGGAGCCCGCCCGCCGCCGUCGCCCGCCCCGGUCCCCAUGGUUACGCGCCUGCCUCCGGCCGCCCGGGUCCCCGCUGUCGCCGCGGGAGGCGCGCGCAGAGGCGGCGGUGCUGCUGGCCCGGCCGGGGCCGCCCGUGCGCGGGGCUGUGACUCACCGGCCGGCGCCGCAGCCCCGCAAUCUGUUGAUAACUCGCCGCCGGCCCCGCCGCGGCCCUGGCGGAUGGAGAGCGGGUCCCCAGCGCGGGGGGCGCAGCGCGUCGGCCUCGGGGAGAGCGGCCCGGCCGCCCCUGCAGCUGCUUUGGCCGAAGCAGAUGGGAGCAGCUCCGGGACCGCGGCCGCCCCGCCACGGUCACCCUGAGACCCCGGCCCGGGAGUGCGACCUCCUGGCCGCCGUCUGGGACUUUGACCUUCCGGAGGCCAUGGAGGCCGGAGGGGAGAAGGGCGCGACCUAACGGCCUGGACGCCUCCUCCCGCGGCGCUCUUGCUCCAGUAACUUUGCAGCGCUCAUGGAUCUGAAGACCGUGCUGUCCCUGCCCCGGUACCCAGGGGAGUUCCUGCACCCCGUGGUGUACGCCUGCACGGCUGUCAUGCUGCUCUGCCUGCUGGCCUCCGUCGUCACCUACAUCGUGCACCGGAGUGCCAUCCGCAUCAGCCGCAAGGGCCGGCACACGCUCCUGAACUUCUGCUUCCACGCGGCCCUGACCUUCACAGUGUUCGCCGGUGGCAUCAAUCGCACCAAGUACCCCAUCCUGUGCCAGGCGGUGGGCAUCGUGCUGCACUACUCCACACUCUCCACCAUGCUGUGGAUCGGAGUGACCGCCAGGAACAUCUACAAGCAGGUGACCAAGAAGGCCCCUCCAUGCCUGGACGCAGACCAGCCGCCAUACCCCAGGCAGCCCCUGCUCAGGUUUUACCUCGUCAGCGGAGGGGUCCCAUUCAUCAUCUGUGGGGUUACAGCUGCCACGAACAUCAGGAAUUACGGGACAGAGGAUGAGGACACUGCGUACUGCUGGAUGGCCUGGGAGCCCAGCCUGGGCGCCUUCUACGGCCCGGCCGCCCUCAUCACCUUGGUCACCUGCGUGUACUUCCUGGGCACCUACGUGCAGCUGCGGCGCCACCCGGGGCGCAGGUACGAGCUGCGCGCACGGCCCGAGGAGCAGCGGCGGCUGGCAACACCCGAGGGCGGCCCACGAGGGCCCCGGCCCGGCACCCCACCCGCCCGCGGCGGCCCCGGGGCCUCGGUGCUGCAGAACGAGCACUCGUUCCAGGCGCAGCUUCGCGCCGCCGCCUUCACGCUGUUCCUGUUCGCGGCCACGUGGGCCUUCGGGGCGCUGGCCGUGUCGCAGGGCGACUUCCUGGACAUGGUCUUCAGCUGCUUGUACGGCGCUUUCUGCGUGACGCUGGGGCUCUUCGUGCUCAUCCACCACUGCGCCAAGCGCGAGGACGUGUGGCGCUGCUGGUGGGCCUGCUGCCCGCCCCGCGGAGACCCCCGGCCCGCGCUCCACGCCGACGGGGCUGCGCCGGGCCAUGCCACCUGCCUGCACUCACCGGGCCUCGGACAGCCGCGGGGCUUUGCGCACCCGCCGGGCCCCUGCAAGAUGACCAACCUGCAGGCCGCGCAGGGCCACGCCAGCUGCCUGUCGCCCGCCACCCCGUGCUGCGCCAAGAUGCACUGCGAACCGCUGAUGGCAGACGAGGCGCACGUGCACCUGCAGGAGGAGGGCGCCUUUGCGCACGACCCCCACCUGCACGGGUGCCUGCAGGGCAGAACUAAGCCGCCCUACUUCAGCCGGCACCCGGUGGCCACCGAGCCCGAGUACGCCUACCACAUCCCAUCCAGCCUUGACGGCAGUCCCCGCAGCUCACGCACGGACAGCCCCCCCAGCUCGCUGGAGGGCCCGGCGGGGACGCACACGCUGUCCUGCUGCGCCCAAGGCGACCCCUUCCCCAUGGUCAGCCAGCCCGAGGGCAGCGAGGGGAGCCCUAGCCUCUACAGCUGCCCUACGCGGCCUGGCCAUCUGGAGAUGCUGCGGAGGACACAGUCUCUGCCCUUUGGUGGCCCCAGCCAGAACGGGCUGCCCAAGGGUGACUUGCUAGAAGGCCUGCCAUUUGGCAACAUCCGAACAGGACCCUGGAGAAACGAAACUACUGUGUAGCCGGGGCAAGGGACACGGUGUCCCUGGAGGAGCUUCAGGGCAGAGUGGGGGGCCCAUCUGCCACACGAGGUCACUGGGGCACCAAAGCGACCCCGCCUUUCAGAAGCAGUUCACACCCCCUGCUGCCCCCUUCCGUGAGAGAGAUCUCAGUGGGGGAAAUGCUCUGGGCCACACCUGCUCCUCUUAUCCCAAAUCCACGUGUUGGGCCUCACACAUGGUCAUCUGGUUUCUGUCCUGUGGCCUCCAGUCCUGGGGUGCCCAGAAGCAGAGCAGGGGAUUCCAUCAAAGAACCCACCCAGACCCAGGUGUGGCCCGGCCCGAGAUGCCCUGCAGCCCACGGGGUCCUGGCUUCCUCGGGUGUGGCCGGCAGGGCCGAGACCACAGCAGGAGGCUGCCCUGACCUUCCCAGCGUUCAGUGUGUGUCUUGUGUUCUCCAGGGCGGUGGUGGCCGGUCUGUCCCCAGCAUUCUCGCUCUGGGCAGAACCCUCAGGACCCUCUGCUGUCCUGUGUCUGAGCCGCCCUUACAGCUUCCCGGGGCCCCCACGCACCUCCGCCCACUCAGUGUCCACGGCAGCCCCGUCCGCGUGAUAGCCCUGCAGGGCUGAGAGCACCACGGAUGCUGGGGGCUGCAGCCGCGCUCUGGACUUUGGGAAUAGCUGUCGGCCUCAGAGGGCCAAUGGGGGGCUCUCAGGAGCCCACGCCUUUGGAAAAUGCCCAACAUCCUUUAGUGAAGACUCGACUUCCAAAACCAGCCACCCGCAUUGGGACUGGAUUCCACUCCAGUGUAGGUGCCUGGCAACAAGAAGGUUCUGUAACAAAGAACAGGGGCUGGCUGGCGGGGCAUUCUCAUGGACGGCAUCCCUUCCCCUUUUCUUCAUCUCCAUGAAAAACACCUGGGCACGAAGCCCUGACUCAAAGGACAGAUGUGGAUGACAACAAGCCUUCUGUGAGAGCAAGUGGCCCGUCCCUUGGUGAGGGGGGAGUCCAGAGGGCCUGGGCAUGACACGUGCACAGCCCUCCCUCCCUCCUUCCCUGUGACACAUGUGCACCCACAC